AUGUCAGAGCAUGUUGAGAAGGCUACGUCACUAAAACAGACUGAUUUAAGCGAUGGUCAAGCGAAUGUGGUGAAAAAAAGGUCUUUGAGCAGUUACCUUUCGAAUAUGAACAGUAGAAAAGAAGAACUAGAAAGACUAGCCAAAAGAGAAGUUAAAUUGGCGAAUACGCAACGAUCGCAAAGUGAGGAACGUCAGUCUGAAGAAGCCGCUUCGUCAGAGAGGGAUGCUGCCGUGUGUAAACAAGAUCAAGAACCAAAGUCGGCAAGGGCAUCAGCAAAGUCAUCAGAAACUGGUCAAUCACCAGCAACAGAUACGCUAUCAGCAACACAUCAGCCAUUAGAUACUAGUCGGUCACCAUCUACUGGUCAGUUACCAAUAGGUGGUCACAAACUGGUAAAAGAAAAGUUUGCAGCAUUGGAUGAGUUUUCAGUAACGGAUAAGCUCCCAGCAAAGGGCGAGCUACCAGCAACUGAUCAAUCUGUUCAUGGUCAAGCCGUUGAAAAAGAAUACGAGGCGUUGUCCCAACGUCUUACGAUGGAUGACGGCUUACCCAAGGACAACGGUAGGACAUCUUUGAGUAGAAGUAGUCUGAAGGGCAUGCUGGAAAAUUUGACAGAACAAGAAAAACGCGAAGGUGACGAUGAAGACAGCGAGUUGAGUGAAGUAGACAGCAACGUUUCGACGGAACCAGCGUCACCACUAAGACCUCGCAGAGGUCGUCUCAUAAGAGGCGAUCAACUGGUAGCUGGACUACCUCGUGGGUUUUCGCCCGUUGUGCAAGAUGGUGAUUCAGACUCAGAACUAUCGGACGUUGAUGACUUGAGGCAAAACAUAUCGAGCAGUAUCCUACAUGUGGACUCUUCGCCAGAGAGGCUUCAGCGGACAGCACAGGCAUCUUCUCCCCGUGAAUUGGUGCGCCAAAGACAAGAUGCCAGAAAUCCGUCAAGAAAGCAUAUUUCCAUGCGAAGGCGUAAUAAGCCAAAAAAAACUGUUCAAAGAGAUGCUGGUGGAAGAACCAAGCUUCAGAUUGCCUGUGAUAAAGGUAAUUACGAAAUGGCACAAGAACUUAUCGCCGCAGGCUAUGAUGUAAAUGAUCAAGACAACGCUGGGAACUCUUCAUUGCACGAAGCUGCGCUUAACGGACAUUUGAAAGUGGUCCAACUUUUAAUAGAGCAUGGUGCAGAUAUCAAUAUUCAAUCUUUCAGUAGUGUGCGGGACACACCUCUGAUCGAUGCAUCUGCUAAUGGCCAUCUAGAUGUCGUGAAAUUGCUUUUAGAGCAUGGAGCCAAUCCCACAAUUACGAAUGCAAAGGGUCUUACUGCUAUCGAGUCCAUUGACGAAGACUCGGAUCUUGAUCAGAAUGAGCGCCAAGUAGUAAAUCGCAUAAAGCAAGAAUUAAGGUCCGCUGCAAGGGAAUUUGGACAGGAUUUCGAUAAAAACUUUCGCUCCUCACCUGACCUAGGAGCCAGUAAGGCCAGUUCACCGAACGUUAGUGCAGAGGAUGCAUUUGUUUGGACCGAUAUAACGUCGAAAGGCGGUAGAGACAAAUUACUGAGAGCUUCAAAAGAGGGUAGAUUGACCUAUGUUGGAUCUUUCUUGGAAAAUGGAGGCAAAAUCGAUGUGAAAUCCUUUUUCGAGGCUGUUCGUUAUGGCCACGAAGACAUUGUAAGUUUGUUUCUAGCCUUUGGUGCACGAGCUAACUCUUCAGACAAAACGGGUCAAACCCCUUUGAUGGUUUCAGUGGGUCGCGGCCAUCGAGGCACUGUCGCUUUACUUCUGGAAGCCGGUGCUGAUCCAGCUAAAGUCGAUAAACGUGGACGCACAGCACUAGACUAUGCUCAAGAGAGUGAAUUGGGGAUUGUCAGCAGUGAGGAAAUACAGAUGAUCAAAACGGCCUUGAACUCUACGAUAUUGCCUAAGUCAAUCUCAGAUCACCACGAGGAGGCGUUUCCGAGAGAUAGCCCGCGUAAACAAACGCCACAAGAAAUUAACAGGAAAAAGAGAGUUCAUUCUCCUCCAGUUUCCCCAAACAAGCGCAUACAUGGGCUAGCAGAAAGCGUGUCGAUCUCUGACGUUAAGAAAUCCAAUUCUGUGAUUUCGCCAAAUUAUUCUCUUACGGAAAUGAAUCAACCCGCCUUAGCUCAUAACGUUGAGGUAAAAACUGAAAAGUCACAAAGUCCUCUUUCACAGCUCCAAACGGAAGGCCUUACGAACACUACUGAUGAACGGUUUUCCAUCACCCCCAAAGUCGUAGAAACGCCUAAAGAGCGAGAAUUACGACAGAAAGCCGAGGAGCAAUAUCGACAGAGGCGAUUGGCGAGUAAAUUGAAGAAAGAGCAAGAGCUUUUACAAAAAUUAGCAAUGGAUGAGCAAGAACGAUCCAGGGAGUUGGCAAAGUUGAAAAAAGAGGAACGGGAAAAGGCUGAGAAAGAGAAACUGGUCGAAAGAGAAAGACAGGAAAAGCUCAAAAAUCAAGCGGAGAUCGAGCGAAGAAGGGCGCUGAGAGCGCAGUACCCUCUAGGACUGCGCUUAAUAGAUUUUAACGACGACUCUGGUAAUAUCGAACGCUACCUACCGCUUUUCUGCGUUGAAACUGAAGGUAAACGUUGCGUUCUGGAUUUGCAUCUUUGUAUUUUGGUCAAAGAUCCGUUCCUGAUCAACACUUUGAAAUUUGAAAGACAAGUUUCAGAGUCUGAAAAGCGGCAACUAUGGAACAUUUACAAAUUUAUCUUUCUGAGCGGUGGACGCGACGAUUCCGCCAAGUUAAGAGUUGAUUUGAGCAGAGUGCCCUUGAAAGAAAAGCUCGAUAUCGAAGAGAAAGAGGCGGAUAAGUUUUGUUCUUUAAAAUUGCAUUGGGUUCCAUGGGACGCAUCUCUCAUUCAUGAUGUUAUUGUUAGACAGCGUGUUAAGGCGUCAUUGAUUGGACUAUUUUUGGCUUCAGAUGCCUCCUUCAAAACGUCUCUGGAAUAUCAUCAAACCCAUCCAAACGAAAGUCAACAUCUACAACGUCUGUCAUUGCAGCUUCCUCUGCAUUUACGUCUGCGACCCAAAGUGUCGCAAUUUAUGCAGAGUCCCCAGGUGUUCUGGUAA